CUUGCAACCCAUUACAGGUCUGCUCUGUAUAUCUAAUGAAAGUGACACAGCUCAAAUCCUGAAAGCUAAAAAUAUAAUCAGGUAUGUAUUUUGCUAUUUUCUUUCUUUUUUUUGUUCAGUUUGUGUAACUGGGCCUUCUUGGUCAUAAUUUGGGAUCAUUAAAAGGAAAAUAGUCAAUAGAUUUAUUGAAAGAAAAAUAGCACUGCACUGUAGAAAUGUGCAGUAUGUCUAUCACACUAAUGCAUACCUCCAAAGUGUCCCUAUUUAGGAGGGACAGUCCCUAUUUUGAGCCCAAACACCUCUGCCCAUCUUUUCUAUACUACUGCUGUCUUUUUUAGUAGCGCCAUGUUGUUAGUGUGUCUGAGUGUAUAACAGGGCUCCAGAGUAAUAAUACUGCAAUGUGUCUGUAAACUACAACAAAUGUGUUUGGAAAUCAGUCUGUGUAAUCAUGAUACAUUGUUCAUGUUAUACAUUACAUUUAGAUACAUAAGUUGUUAUUAGUAAGUCACCUAAAAUUUCUUAGAACAACCCUGCCCCUGGCCACACCCCCAAUCACACCCCUAAAAUUAAAGUCCCUCUAGUCCAUUUAAUAUGUUGAGAGGUAUGCUAAUGCAGCCACAUAUACUGCAGCGUUGUACAGCUGCUAACAAGGGGGGUUUAUCAGUAAAGAGGGAAUUAAGGAGCAUAGUUAACAUAACUGCAAAUUUAAGACCAAACUAAUUGAACAUUUUCCUCAUAUAUUUCAAGCUCAGCUAUUUUGGCCUUAAACUGGCAAUUCCAUUGUGAAUCCCCCAAAAUGUGUGCUUUGCUGAAUAACCUUGCAGGAUAUGGUUUUAAUUCCUGAAAACAAGUAAGCCAUGUUAAUCUUGGGAGUGCUAUAAAUAUGCGUUUAUAUAUGUAAAAUCUAAAUUUAUAUUCAAUUAUUGGUAUUCAUAGCUUACCCCUAUUUUGUGAUAACCAUCUCUGGUUUGAAUAACAUUAUUAAACCUAAAAAAUAAUAAAAAAAAUUACACAUUAGCCAAACUACAUUUUUCUGUUGUUUCUGUUUUGUUUUUGUAUGUAUGUGUGUGUGUGUUUAUGCUGUUCAUUGUGAUGCCAUAAAAAAUAACAUAGCAAUUAUGUUAUGUUAAAUAGCAAUUCUGAUGACAUUUUUCCAUAUCUAAUGUUUAAAAAGCUUUGUAUAUUUUGACUAAUAAAUGAACUAUCUAGCUGGGGACCUUAUAGUCACUGUCAAUUAACAAUUUAAUCUGACCUUGCUGACUUACUCUCUGAUUUUCCAAGAUGCAUUGGAAUCUCUGAUGUGUUUGUGUGUUAGUGAAUAGUGUUAGUGAUGUGAUUUCAGGACAUAUGGAAUAUGAACAUAUCCUUCAAGCCUUUCUAACCACCCUAAACCUAAACUAUAUGCUGCCUAUAUAUAACGAAGACAAUAAUAUGCUCACUCUAUCCUAUUUUGAAAUGUUUGUAAUGCGAUUCUCUAAUACCCUCUAACACCAUCUAAUAGCAAUUUAGAAGUGUUACUAUCUUCUUAAACAUUGUAUCAAAUUUAACCUAUUAAACUGCUACUUUGAAAGAAACGUUUUGAACUGAACAUAGGGGAUGAUUGAUAGUAUAGUAGCAAUUUAAAAUACAGAUUAUGAACCACGGUGGUUUUCACCUGAUUUAAUCGGAAUUUUGUGACACAAAACACUUUUUUUUCUUAAGGUAUUUUGUUUUUUUCAUUUAACUAAUAAUAUUAUAACGUGUUUUAUCUUAAAAUAGUGGCUUUUACACAAAGGGUAAUUGUGACGGGCCGCCUGGCACCCCGACUGGGUGCCUCUGCCAAUCGCUACUUUCUAGCUGUCAUUGAGUACCAUGAGCACCGCACCGGACACCAUAAGCACCGUAGCCCCUUAGCUGCCGCAACUGGGUUGGGGUCUCGCUGUCCCUUUUCACCUUGGACCCAAGUCCAGUUAAUGUGUGUGUAUGUCUGUCAGUGUGUGUGUCUGUGAGUGAGAGUGUGUGUGUGUGUAUUUCUGUGAGUGUGUGUCUCAGUCAGUCAGUGUGUGUCCAUCAGUUAAUGUGUGUGUGUGUCUGUUUGACAGUGUGUGUGUCUGUCAGUGAAAGUGUGUGUUGGCUAAACAGUGUGUAUGUCAGUGCAUACAUCAGUGAGGGAAUUUUAAAUUAGGGUGGGUGCCCGAGUUUGUUCAUACCUAGGGCAGCACACCACUGGCUCAGAGUCACAAUUUUUCCCAACAGGUACAAACACGUUAAGAAGCAUAUUCAGUAAGAUUGGUGGGGUGAAAUUGGCACAGAGCGUGGAGGGGUUCACUACAUAUUAGACAGAGAAUGGAGUCUGAAGAAAGCUACCUGGCAGCAUUAAGAGAAACAGCCAGCGCCCUGGUGGAAGCUGCUAUGAGAAAUGCCCAGGAAACCCUGAGAAAUGAACAAAAGCCCUCAAGUGAAGGACCAGGUAAUAUUCCACCAGGAUUGUUCAUUUUAAAGUGUGCAUUUUUGGGCAUUUAAUGUGAACAACUCUAGGACACAGAACUGAAUAGGAAAAAAAUCUUCAAGUCAGCUAUCCAGUUUAAUAUUAUUAUUGGCAUUUAUAUAGCACCAGCAUAUAGCAAAUUUGACAAGGUGAAGGAGGGAAGAGAAAAAAGGAAUUAGUGGAGGAGACAAAAAAAAGAGGUGAACAUUGGAUGAAUGUGAGAGGGACAGAAGAGGGGAACAAGCAAUUAAAGGGCGGAAAAGUGGAAGGGGAGAGGAAUUCAGAGACGCAGGUGGAGACAAGAGGGAAACAAGUGAGAAAAGGGGGGAAUAAGAUGAGGGAAACAACUGGGGAAUGGAGUGUUAUAAGAAGAGGAGCUCAUUUGGGUAAAGGGGGCAAUGAGCUUAUGGGAGGUGGAGAUGGAUAAAUAGAGGGGAUUGGAGAGAGAUGUAAAGGGCAGAUGGGAAUUGGCAACACUGCAUACAUGCACAUUCACACAAAUGUGCUCCUGCAUGCACACACUAGCACUCCACAAAAAUACACCCAUCAUUUACAUGCACUCACUAAGAAUCUAUGCAAAAUUGCUUCUACACUCGGAGUGCUAGUCACAUGUUGCCAUUCAGCCACCCAACCAGUCACAUACUCUGAAUCGAUCCACAUACCCCAUACUACUUACAGUCAUCCAUCCAAUCAUAUACACCAGGGUUCAUAAAUAUGAUGGGCUAGGGUGCAUUGAGGAAUCUGGCCUUGAGGAAGCAGAGUUGGUAAACUCGACCCUGAUUACAAAUGUUAAUAGGAACAAUAGGUUAAUGUUGUGCUUAUUCACCAGACAGAAUUUUAGUAAAUUAAAUCAAUCUAACAAUGUUGUCUAAUAGAUCCCACUAUAGCCGAGAUGGAGAAUUUUUCCAAAACCGCUAUUUAAUGAUUUAAUAUUGCCAUUCACAUUUAAUUAACUUAAUUCAGUGUGUUUGGUUUAGUAAUUUUGCUUAAAUUUUUUAUUAAUUUUAGGUUUACAGUAAUUGUGUAAGUGACUUGGAUGCUUAUGGUCCAUUUUUAAUGCUUAUAUAAAUUAGUUUCAGAUCCGGAUUUCCCACUCCAAAACUUUCCGUGGGUCCCCUGCAAAGAUUUUUCUGUGGAGCUGGGAAUGAAGCAGAUUGAAGAAUAUAUUUCUGUAAGAUUGUAUUUGGGUGAAAUGAUUUACAUGGGGCAUAAAUGUCACUGACAUAUAUAUAUAUUGCUUUAGAAUACAUGAUAAUCAAAUUCAGACAAGGCAAAGCCAGGGCAAAUUUGGUAAAUGAAAAAUGGAAAUAAAAACAUUGUUUAAUUUCUGUCUAUGUAUGGUUUCUCUACUCUGAGUGCCGGCAAAGGACAGAGUUUGUAACAAUGAUUGACAGGGGGCAAAGAUGGAAGCGCCCAGUUGCAGGUUAAAGAGAUAUGAAUUUCUACAUUUAAUUUUGUUUUUCACACCUCCUAAAUACAUAUAUUUGAAAUAUAUGGAUAAGUAAACAUAAUGUUGAUAAUUCUGGAAAGUGGAAGUACCCUGCCAUAUUCAAUUUUCCAUAGAGUGAUAUACUUAAAGUCAUAAAAAUAAAUGGGGAUUUUAGUUAAACUGACCUUUUCAUUAGCCUCAAACAGAUGCUUCAAAAAUGCUCAAAUAAGUUUUUCACUUCAGAGACAGCUCUCCACAUUUAUCAAAGAGGAUCUGUACCCUUACACCGCUAUUUGUGGUGCUCUAGUUUUGGGGAUCAUGGAGGCCAGUGACAGGUACCCCUUCUCCUUUUCUCAUACAAGGGGUGCCUGAGAUCACUGAAGCUACAGACAACCUUAAGAUAAUCUGGCAGGAUCUUCCCCAUGCACAAAAAGGGAGUCCUGCUAAAUAGUAAAGUCACUGUCACAGCAAAAUGUAAAUACAUUGUUCUCAGAGAAGCCUCUACCUUGUUUAUUUUAUUAGACGUGGGAACUUCAUGAAAGCUGGCUACACUGCACCGACUACCUGAAAGAUGAGGAGAUUGAGUUUAGCAAACUGUUCCAUUAUAGAACACGAUGGAGUAUCCCGACUCGACGGAAACCCAUCCCCAGGGCAACCGCAUGUAUCUACUUUACGAUACAGAUUUCCAAAAUCAAACCCAAUGUAAGUGUACGGAAAUCCAGCCUACUGCUUGUUCUUCUUCCUCUGGCAGAUCUUCCUUAGACAAGAUCACAAAUGGGUCAGGACUAUUUAAAGGAACACUUUGGUCGGAAGCAAAGCUUUAUUAGUGGAGCCUGAGGUUUAUACUUUCACAUAUGGUAGACCUGUCCCUUGUUCACAAACUGACCUGUUUAUCACGAUAUUGGAUAAUACUAAUUUUAACUUAGCUCUUCUUUUCUUUCUUAACCUUUAUAACUCAGCCUCAGUAUAAACUCUAUGGAAUCCAACUAUGGGCUCAUUAACAAACUGCAUUAUACAAAAUGUAUCAUGCUUAUUCUUCAAGGGUGCACUUUGUUGGCAUACCUGUGCUAUGAGGGCCUAUUAAACCCCUGGUUUUAUGUGAUAUUGGUGAAUGCUCUGUAGCUAUUGCAUUUCCACAAUACAUAUUUUAACAGCACCUGAAAUUGACACGUCAUUGCCAAAUAAUAAAAAGAGAAACAAACACAACCAAAGCACUUAUUAUUAGAAAUGCCCUCAUUGAAACAUGCAUGGGUUUUAUUUUUUUGUUUGUGGGUACAUCUAAAAAAAGCUGGAAAACAGAUCUCUUGCCUGCUGCCUUUGCAAGAUCUCAUUUUAACCCCGCCCAGACUUUCUGUGGCUGUCCAAUCACAGUCUUCCCAGUGCAGCUCAAUGAGAAGUCUUUGCAAGCAAGGUGCUCUGGGCAAUUGCUGCCUCUUGAGUUCAGUGCAAAUAAACUUAACAAAACCAGGAAGUAACAGGACCUAUUAUCUGAUUGAAAAGCCAGGGGGGUGUAACCAGUAUAAUUUAUAAAAAAAUGUAAAUUUCUAUUGAAAUCUGUACUUUUGUAAAAGAAAAAAGCAAGCUCAAGUGUUUUAAGGUGUUUGGAGCUUCCCCUUAGUAGUAUACAGUCUUGGAAUAUCCAAAUCUGCUGUAAGUGUACAGAUUGUGUGCUACCUUUUGUAGUGCAUCACCAACACCUUAUGUGGGCCCAUGAUUUUGACAGGUAUUCUCAAUGUUUCACCUGAUUGUAAACGUGUCAAAAACUCUUUUGAAAAAAAGAUUAAAAACCCCAAAAAACUAAACAAUUAAAAAAGUAUAUAAGAGGUUAUAUAUGAAGACAUACAGAUCUGAAGAAAUACCAGUGAGAGAGGCAGUAUGGCAGUCCAGAUAAAGUGAGUACGGAAUGGUACAGAAGGGGAAAGAGGAGUAAGAGAGAGAGAAAGAGAUUUAAAAAACAAUCUAUUGCUGAAAGGUGUGAGCAUCAAGCUCUUUAGAUAUGGGUGGGGGAUUAGGGUAUUGAUGCCUUCUGAGUAAUGUUCUUACAUUUUUGUAUGGUACUUACAUUCUCUUUUCUUGUUUGCAGACUUUUCCAGUGGAGGUAUUUUUUAUAUUUGAAUCAACGAGACUUGUACACAGGUAUGUCAGUCUAAUGUUUCAUUUUACAUCAGUUAAACACAGUCAAUGUGUUUUAUUAAACAGGCUAACAUAUACAUGCUUUAAAACUAAAUUAAUUAAAACAUAAGCUGAAUUGAAGAAUGUUUCGAACUUCUCUGCUGUGGCCCAAAACUGGAAAUUCACUUUGCAUCCCAGACAGUUCACAUUUUGGUAAAUAGCACAAUUUAAAUAUGCAGUCAACUUUAACUGUCUCCAUCUCCAUAGCCAGCUUAACAGUAUGUAAAGUGACUCCAAUCGCCAGGGGACAGAAUAGUCUAAACAUCUCUGAAUAAUGUGUUUUAUUUUUAGAUUAAUAUUUUAUAAAAGGGGAAAAUAUAUUACCCAAAUUGGAAAACAUGGACUGUUCUGAUUAUGAAAUGGAUAAAAAAAAUAAAAAUGAAAAUAAUGGUAAACAGACAUGCAACUAUUAUGAGUAGAUACUUUUUCAUUUAAUUUUUUUAUAGGUAGGUUCAGUCUCCACCUUAUCACUUAUUCUGUACUUACUUCUUUCUGCCACAGGCCUGGACAGACAAGAUUUCGUGAAAAAUGGCUAAAAGACAUUAUUGAAAGCAAGAUUAUUAUGAUGGACAGCAUCACAUUCUAAUUGUAUUCUCAAUCAUAAAGUAAAGAACAAUGUGCAAACAAAUGACACAGAAAUAUUUAGCAUUUAUUUUAAACAAUUUACAGAAAUAGGGGGUUUCUCAAAAGAUUCAAGCGAGUCUGAAAGACAUUAGGAGGCUCUCUCCAGAGACGUGGGCUCGUGAAUAAUGCACACACCUCCUCCAGGGAGCCUCUACAAACUCCAAUCAUAUUGAUGGUAUGCUGCCUGUGAAUGGAAGGAUAACACUACUUAAUGAAGAAAGCAGGAUUGCUGAGAAGUGGAGACAUUCCUUGCAAAUAUAAUUGUUUUCCCAUUACACUCAAACCCUGUUUGUAUUCAUGAAUAUCAAGGCCCAAAAUAUCAAUUAUAGCUUACUGAUCUAAACGCUAUCUAGAACCCCUACCCAAUACGAACAGUAUUUCAGUUUUGCUUCAUGGAAUGUCAGUGGUUUUGGAUGUCACUGCAAAUUCGGGUGUAUAUUUAAGUGGAUAUGGGUGUGUAUUUUUUACAGCGGUGGAAUGCACAUACCAUGGGAGGACUACGUAUAGGUUGCCGCUAAGCAUAUUUCUCACUAACUAAAAAUAUAUGAUCUGGAAGAACACUUUAAACCUUCUCAAUUCCACCCCAAUUGAUCAGACCGAAGGGUACAUUUAAUCACUCCACUAGUUUAACUCUCACCAAAAAUGUAAAUGCCAUUCAAGUCAUCUCAAUGAAUUGGUCUGGAUGCAGUCAUCUACUCACUUUAACUCUCCGAUGUCAAACACUGCAGUUUUCUAGAAACUGCAAUAGUUACACGUUGCAGGGCUAAAUAUACCUCUAGUGACUAUCUUCCUGCAGAUGAACCACACAAACCUAGAUGAAUCAAAGAGAUGAAUGGUGUAAUGGAAAAUUGUUGUCCACGAAUUCAUUCUUAUUAUCACGAUUGCAACCAACUCUUUUUACCCCCUUUCUGACGGUAGGGUGUUCCAUACUGUCCUACACAGAGUGGGCUUUAAUGCUUUUAGGACGGCAUGCAACACCCUGCAGUUUUGGUGUGAGUAGGGUGAGUAGGGUUAAAUUUUGGUUCAAUAGAUACCUGGGGUUUCCCUCUGUCAGCUGGCCCCAGACUUUUUGAUCAUCUGCCUGAAGUGCUGGAAGUCAAGAGAUUGCAGUGUGCGCAGGGUUAAAUUCCUGCUUAUACCAAGAGACCCAGGUAUUGAUGGAUACACAAGACUUCUCUCUGUUGGCCCCAGACUGACCGAUGAACUCUAUGCAAUGCUGGAAGUCAAUGCUCCAUAGGACGCUUUAAAUUCAUUCAUGACACUGUGACAGAACAAAAUUAUGCUCAGCCAUAGUGUUUCUGGGCUGCAGGAUUGUUAAAGAAGACCCCCAAGGGUCUGAAUAGAACCUGACAGGGUCCCCUAAGUCUUUCCCCAGUCAAUUACAACUGGUGCUUGGUUUUGCACUGAUCACAGUGUAAUCAGCUGGGAAGCAGGCUCCAUUCAUAAUUACACGAGAAAGGUUGCCUAAGAGGGUGAAAGAGUGAAGGGCGACCUGCCUUUCCUCUAACACUCUCCCCUAGGUAUACCCACAGUAGUGAAAAUAAGUCAUAGGGUAUGAAUAGAGUAAAAAUUAAAAACUUAAGUUUAUUGAAUUCUAUUUAAAAAAUCUCUUUAA